GGGGCCGCGGCGGCCGCCGGGCCCGCGGCGCGCGCCCAUUGGCCGUCGGCGCCGUCCGUCAGCGCUCUCUUAAAGGGGCCGCGGCGGCGGCGGCGGCGGCGGCGCGGGGGGGGGCUCCGCCUGCCCGGGGCGGGCGGGGGGCGGCGGCCGGCGGGGCUCGGGCGGGCCCGGGGCGGCGGCGGGGCCGGAGCGGGCGCGGGGGCGGCGGGGGGCGGCGGAGCGACCCCCGGAGCCCCCUCCCCGCCGGGCGGCCGCCUCCUGCAGCCGGAGCUGCCGCAGCGCCAGCACCAGUCGAGGGCCGGCCGCGGCGGCGGCGGCGGCGGCGGCGGGCGGCGAUGAUGUGCGAGGUGCUGCCCACCAUCAGCGAGGGGGGGCGCGGGGGGGCGGCCGACGAGGCGGCGCUGGAGCCGCUCAUGGCGCAGAUGCUGGCGGAGCGCGAGCGCCUCCUCGACACCCUGCGCGACACCCAGGAGGCGCUGGCGGCCGCACAACUGCGCCUGCGCGGCCUGGCGCACGAGAAGGAGGCGCUGCAGCGGCAGCUCACCGCCGCCCUGCCCCAGGAGUUCGCGGCUCUCACCAAGGAGCUCGGCGCCUGCCGGGAGCAGCUGCUGGAGCGGGAGGAGGAGAUCGCCGAGCUCAAGGCCGAGCGCAACAACACCCGGCUGCUGCUGGAGCACCUGGAGUGCCUGGUGUCGCGCCACGAGCGCUCGCUGCGCAUGACGGUGGUGAAGCGCCAGGCGCAGUCGCCCGCCGGCGUCUCCUCCGAGGUCGAGGUGCUCAAGGCCCUCAAGUCCCUCUUCGAGCACCACAAGGCCCUCGACGAGAAGGUCCGGGAGCGGCUGCGGGUGGCCCUGGAGCGGGUGGCCGUCCUCGAGGAGGAGUUGGAGGUCUCCAACCAGGAGUCGCUGGCCCUGCGGGAGCAGCUGGCCCGGCGCCGUUCCGGCCUCGAGGACGCGCCCAAGGACGGCGACCCCCCGGCCCCGUCGUCGUCCCCGUCGUCGUCGUCCUCGCCGUCGGCGGGGGGGCCGGAGGGCCGGCGGCGCGAGGGGGAGCUGGAGGCGGCGCUGGGCCGGCAGCGGGCCGAGGUGGCCCAGCUGCGCGAGCGCCUGGCCCUGCUCUGCCGCCAGUUGGCCCAGCUGCAGGAGGAGCUGGCGGCCGCCCACCGCGACCUGGCCAAGGCCCAGGAGGGCGGCGCCAAGCUCCAGCGCGACCUCAAGGAGGCGCUGGCGCAGCGGGAGGACAUGGAGGAGCGCAUCACCACGCUGGAGAAGCGCUACCUGAGCGCCCAGCGCGAGGCCACCUCCCUGCACGACGCCAACGACCGCCUGGAGAACGAGCUGGCCAGCAAGGACUCCCUCUACCGCCAGAGCGAGGAGAAGGGCCGGCAGCUGCAGGAGUGGCUGGCCGACGCCAAGGCCAAGCUCCAGCAGACGCUGCAGAAGGCCGAGACCCUCCCCGAGAUCGAGGCCCAGCUGGCCCAGAGGGUGGCCGCCCUCUCCAAGGCGGAGGAGCGCCACGGGAACUUCGAGGAGCGCCUGCGGCAGCUCGAGGCCCAGCUGCAGGAGAAGAACCAGGAGCUGCAGCGGGCCCGGCAGCGGGAGAAGAUGAACGACGAGCACAACAAGCGGCUCUCGGAGACCGUCGACCGGCUCCUGUCCGAGUCCAACGAGCGGCUCCAGCUGCACCUCAAGGAGCGCAUGGGCGCCCUCGAGGAGAAGAACUCGCUGAGCGAGGAAAUCGCCAACAUGAAGAAGCUGCAGGACGAGCUGCUGCUCAACAAGGAGCAGCUCCUGGCCGAGAUGGAGCGCAUGCAGAUGGAGAUCGACCAGCUCCGCGGCCGCCCCGGCUCCUCCUACUCCAGGUCCCUGCCGGGCAGCGCCCUGGAGCUGCGGUACCCCCCCGGGGGGGCCCCCCUGGAGCCCUACGGCCCCGGCGCCCCCCCGGCGCCCCGCAAGGGCCGCUGGGCCCCCCCCAAGGACGAGGCCGCCAAG